CUUCUCGUGCGUUGAGUCGCACAAUAACACUGUGGCGGGCCAAGAGUGAAAGAGUCAACACUUGGUGAAAAUGACGAUUUGUAACUUUUUCCUUCAGGGCCGCUGUCGUUACGGCGAUAACUGUUGGAAUGAACAUCCGAGGGGAGGAAGCAGAGGAGGUGGAGGAGGUGGUGGUGGWGGWGGAGGAGGUGGAGGAGGAGGAGGAGGAGGAGGAUACAACAACAACUACAGCCGCUCCUCUGGUCAGCAACAGCCCCGAGGAGGAGGUGGAGGGUUCGGGAACAAAGUUUGGGUGAAUCCUGCCCACCAGAAAGGAAGCUACAUCCAGCCUUCAUCCUUCUCGUCUCAUGGAGGCGACGACUGGGGCCGAGGAGGAGGAGGCGGCGGGGGGAAUGACUGGGGCCGAGGAGGAGGAGGGGGGAGAAGAGAUAAUGUAAAGAGCACCGAAUUCAGCUUCUCUCAAAACAGAUUUGCUGCGCUCGAUAGUCCUAGUACCUUUAACAGGGGGGGAGGAGGAGGAGGAGGAGGAGGAGGAGGAACCGCUGUUGAUGAAGAUGAUGACAAAAAACUAGAGAUCAUUCAGAUGGACAUGGAGAUCUGGGAGAGUUCGCGGCAGUGGUGCCUCUCGUGUUAUUCUAACUCCAAGGCACCUUUAUCUGGUUUCACUGAUCUCUCUCCAGAAGAGCUCAGGCUGGAGUACUACUCCACAAGAGCCUCGGGGGAUCUGCAGAGCUAUCUGAACGGAGUCAAUCAGCUGCUCAACCAGUGGAGAAGCAGAGUCCAGGAACUGAAGGUUAUGAAUCCAGCCACCCGCACUGCUUUGCUUGCAGAGUUAAACAACCCAACAUCUCCGGCAUCUUCAAGUGGCUUUGGUUUAGCGACAGCGACUGGAUUUGGAUCCUCAACGUCUGAUUUUGGAAGCAAAGGCUUUGGGGCUCCGGUGCAGGCCAGCAGUAUAAGCUUUGCUGCUGCGGGCGGUGGGUUAGCUCCCUCUGCUGCACCAUCAUCCUCAGGUGGGUUCGGUAGUGCCAUAGCAGCUCCGACACAACCGGCCCAAGGAUUCGGCUCCUCCUCUGCUCCGUCAGCUUCAGCAUUCUCCUUCGCUGCUCAGACCACCGACAAACCAGCAGCCGCUUCAGGAUUUGGCGCCGCCUCUGGGUUCAGCUUCUCCUCCACAGCAAACACUGGAGGAGGAUUUGGGAGCAGUUUCGGGACAGCAUCAUCCACUGCAGCAGGAGGCAGCAGCGCUUUUGGACAGAUGAGCGGAGGGUUUGGGGCAGCCGCUGCUCCACCUACAGCAGGGGCCAGGCCUGCUGGCGCUGCAUCGGACAGUCUGUUUUCACCUGAGAGCAAUCUAACUCCGGAGGAACUGAAUGAGUUCAAGGCCAAAAGGUUCACGCUCGGUCAGAUUCCUUUAAAACCUCCUCCAGCUGACAUGCUGGUAGUAUGAUAUGUGGAGAAACUUCACAAAAAAGACAUCAAUUUAUACAUUUUCUCUACAUAGAGCUUUUGUUAAAUCCAAAUAACUUAAAUGGUUUUUGAAUACAGGCAAUGUACUAAUUUAACAAAAUCAACUCUUGCUUUGAUUCCAUUUAAGAUUUAAGAAGUACAAAACAUGUGCAGUCAACCGGAUAUAUAUUUUUGAAGUGUCUUCAGUCAUAAAAUACUAUUGCAGGGGUAACAGGAUGUGUUGAAAUGUGUACUGUUGAUGCUGUGAAGCAGUUUUAGCUUCUACCAGAAGAACAGUCAACAAAACAUUAAAUCAUGGCAAUAAACUUGCAUGAAACUCUUGCAACACUUUGGAUACGACGCCCUCUUAUCUGCAAAUGUACUUCACUAAAUGCUUGUGAGAGAAUUACAAUCCGUCUACUAGGGGCGAUGCAACACGGAAGGUGAAGCAGGCAAUUGUGUGAGGCCCCAAAUUUAGGGAGGGGCCGUGUGACUGAUUUCUUGAGUCCACAGCAAAGAAAAACCCCUUAAACAUGUUGAUUCAAUGUAGCGCCCCCGCAGGUCUUUUCCCCCAAAGUGUCUUGAUACACUGCUGCCUUUUACUGACGUACGUAACCUUACAUUAAUGGAGUAGCUUUUGUAAAUGUUGUAAUUGCACCUCUCAGCCAGGUGAGGGCGCCAAGAGUAUUUUAUGCAAAUAAAACAAAAACAAAUGAAGUAUAAAUAACUGUACUUAUGGACUAAUUUGUAAAGAAGGGGUUUUCUAAGGAUGACCAAAUUACAUAUGUGAGGCAACAUUGAAACUGAAACGUUCCGUGAGUUCUCAACCAUCUGUCCACACCAGCUUGUAGGUCUUCAUCCAGUGAAAGAGAGGAAAGUGUGAGUGCAAAAUGAUAAUGAGCGAAUGAGUUAUUCAAUACGUAUUCAUUAGGUGUUCACAGGGAGAGGAAUACAGCGACAAAGAGAUACCAAUAAGCUAUUCUACUGCUAUAGGGGCCGCGGCUCUGCUGACGGGGGCAUAUUUUCAGCUGACAGUGAGUUUGUGAAAUCAGCAAGAGGUGCAAGCGAUUGUGUGUGUGUGUCUUAGUGCAUAUUUUUGAGUCAGAUCAUCUCAAGGUCCAUUUUUCAUGUCCCGGUUAGAAGCGCAGUGCACAUAGCUAAUACAAUUGUACACAUUCAUACAACUGGAAUCACAACACAACCACUGCCAACAACAGUUUGUAAAAUCCUAAUUUACCUUCUGCUGUACGUCCCACCCCCUAAUGAGCAGAUAAUACAUAAAGAGUUUAAUUGAUUAAUGAAUGAUUAAAAUACAGACUCAUAAAAAGGGAUAAUUUCAGUAAAACAUUUAUAAAUGUUGAAUCCAUCUAUAGUGAUUAACAGGAAAUAAGCAGCAGCUCUAAUCACCGACUGCUGCAGCAUUAAAUCUGCCUGUGUUUAUGUUAUGUGUUCUCGAGCUGCACUGAUCAGAGCACAUUCAAAGUGAGGGAUGAGCCUUUAG